UCAUCCCCAGAGUGAAUGGAUAUGGCCACUUGAACCCGGCAGUCUGCCACAGAGUUGUGCAUUUGCAGUCCUCGGUGGUGGUGGUGAGUUUUGAGAGGGUCAUCGGAGAUUAGGAGAAUGGCUACCGCAAGCAUUUCCGGCUCCAAGGUCGUCUUCUCUACGCAGGUGCCGCUAGCCCAAGCGCCCACAGUCGAGCAAAAGACCUCGGUAGCGUUUAAGAAGCCUGCAGCAUUGUCGUCUGGUCAGAUUUAUGGGCUGGGAGCAUCUGGUUCCCUCGCCAACAAAAAUGAACUCCGAAUCGCUCGCGCUUCCUCCAAUUCUAGACAAGCACCCCGACUUCGUCUGGAGGUAACGGCCAAAACUGCAGGAGCUGCGAAGCAGUUCGAGACAGAGGUUGACAAGCCUCUUGGACUUGUUCUUGGGCAGAACCCUGGCGGUCGGGUCGUAAUCACGCAAGUAGAUGCUCGAGGAAACGCGGCAAAAGCAGGCUUGAAGGUAGGCGACCAAGUGAUCUACACUAGCAGUUUCUUUGGUGAUGAACUCUGGCCUGCGGACAAACUUGGUUUCACCAAGACGGCCAUCAAUGCCAAGCCAGACUCGGUCUAUUUCGUCGUAGCCAGAGGAGCGGACGUAGACGUCAAGAGGCUUCCGAAAAGACCAGCGCCUCCCCGAUUUGGAAGGAAGCUAACUGAUGCACAAAAGGCACGGGCAACGCACGUGUGUCUUGACUGCGGAUACAUCUACACUCUCUCCAAGUCAUUCGACGACCAGCCGGAAGACUGGCAAUGUCCCCAAUGCCAGGCUCCAAAGAAGAGGUUUGCUGGCUAUGACCCUGAGACAGGGCGCACCAUUGGAGGACAGGCAACUCCUAUCCCAGUGCUUUUGGGAGUCGUUUUUGGGGCUGCCGCAAUCGGUGCCAUACUCUUCUUUGGUCUGCAAUAGGUCCUAUCUUAUUUGUCGAAAAGCAGAAUUGGAACCCAUCAUUAUCUCGUUCAACACAGACUCUGAGAAUUCUGAAUUUCCAAGCCGAAGGAUGUAGAAACUUUUACCUUAGGACUGCAGCAGAUUGUAUCACUUGGUAUUCUUCAAGUGGACUGAAUCUUCGGGUGUCUGAGCUGAUGAUGAUUUUCUCCAAUUUUUUUCCCUCUCUUUUA